AUGGAUUCCGGAACCCCUGAAAGUCUUUUCCAAGAAGUCACAGCGAUCAAGUCCAUGAAAUCGGGACUCGCAGGAUCACCAGUCGAGGUGUGGAUCUCGAUUGGUGGUUGGACAUUCUCGAACAAUGAUACCGACACCCAACCGGUGUUUGGAGAUAUAUCAAGGUCUGAUAAAAAGAGACAGGAUUUUGCUGAUAACCUGGUUGCGUUCAUGACCCGCUAUGGGUUUGACGGAGUGGAUCUAGACUGGGAAUACCCGGGGGCUACUGAUAGAGGAGGCAAGGAAGACGACACAGAGAACUUUGUCAAGUUGAUGGAGACGCUUAAGGAAACAUUCAAAAGAAGCUCUCGUGGUGGAUAUGGACUGACAUUUACGGUUCCGUCCAGCUACUGGUAUCUUCGUUGGUUCGAUGUUCCCAAAAUGCUUGAUGCUGGAGCGGACUGGGUCAAUUUGAUGUCCUACGAUUUACACGGCGUAUGGGACCAGGAUAACCCUAUUGGGAGCUACGUGCACGGCCAUACAAAUCUGACAGAGAUCAAAGAAAGCGUCAACUUGCUCUGGCGUAACAAGGUCCCCCCAGAAAAAGUCAUUCUUGGAACGGGCUUCUAUGGGCGAUCAUUCCAGCUCAAUGACACCAGUUGUACCACACCGGGAUGCCCCUUCAACGGGGCUGCAGAAAAGGGAGAGUGUACCGGUGAAGGCGGCAUUCUUGGCUGGUUCGAGAUCAAAGAAAUCAUGAAGAGCCGAAACAUUUCACAGAUCCAUGACGAAGAGGCCGCAGUCAACUACUUUACGUUUGAUGAGAAUCAGUGGGUCUCGUAUGACGAUGCAAAAACCUUCCAGCAGAAAGUCGACUGGGCAAAUUCCGUCGGUCUUGGUGGUCUGAUGGCCUGGGCGAUUGACCUUGAUGAUGAGGACUUCACGGAGCUUGGAGGCCUGAUUGGCCGCGACCCUGGCAAGGGAGUCGACAAGAGCCUGGUGAAAAGAGAGCAGGAGGCCGCGAGUUGGUCAUCUGAUAACGGUCAAGAAUGCUAUGCCACAGCUUGUGGAGAGAAAUGUAAAGCUGAAGAGGUUGUUUUGGAAGAUAACUUCAUAUCCAACUGCCACGCGAAAAUCGGCAAGCAGAUCUGCUGUCCUCGAGACAGGGCACCUCGCAGCUGUCGUUGGAGAGGAGGGAAGGAUGGAAGCUUUUGCCACGGCCAGUGCCAUAAUGGUGAACUCACGCUUCUCUUGGACGGGUACGGCGACUUCCUCUGUACCACCGGAAGACAAGCAUUCUGCUGCACAGCGGAUCGGUAUAAGGAGCUCCUAGAUGGCUGCAGUUUAGGCAGCUGCGGAGGUUCUUGCUCUAAAGGGACCACGGAGGUUGCCAAGCAAUAUGAUUUUGGCAGCUGCUGGAACCAUGCAAUCCAUGGAUACAAGCGACCCUGGUGCUGCAAGAAGCCUCUUAAGGAUUGCCAUUGGGUGGGAAAGGGGAGCUGCGAUGAUAACAAUUGUGACAAUGACGAUGUCCAGCUCUCCCUCAGUGGCUAUGGUGAUUCCGCGACAUUAUGUGGUGUUGCUGGACGCAAGAAGAGUCUGUGCUGCGCGCCGCCAGACAACGUCGAGUUGUUCACGCCGGUGGCCCUGGAGAAUCUCUUCCCAGACCCACCCCCUGAAACGGACUCUGUCAAGUGGGAUCUACAAUUCCUGGGAGGAUAUGCAAACAAUGGACAGACGACACCACGUGUCCCCAUAACGAACCCAAAUGAUGGGGCUUUUGGGUUUGUAUUAAUCACUGGUCCCAAAGACAUCGUCUCGAGUCUCUCAAAGCGAGACGGCUCCCAUGUCGAGUUUGUCGACUGUCCUUCCAUCACUUCAUCUGAGCGUCAAAAAACUCGCUUGAUUUGCACCACUGACGAGGAGGACAGCAACUGUGAUGACAUCUUAGAUGGCGGACUCGAGGGAACAGUCGUGCGCAUGCCGGAUAACUGUGGUCCUGGGUCAUAUGCUGUUGCUCAUUCCCUGAGUCCGUCUGGGAACCAAACUCUUCCGCCAUCUUUGACAAAGAGGAUGGCAAGCAGCAGGAAGGUUAUGGAUCUAGAGUUCUCGUACGACUUUACUCUCAUGAAGCGAUCUGAUGAGAAGGUCCAACUGCGGGUUGACUACUCCAAUCUUCCAGGAUACUGGGACACGGUAGUAGAUGAGCCAGGGGAAAAGUCUAAGCGAGAUAUCAUAGACAAGCGAUUCUUCUCCUCUGACAGUGCAUCCUGGGGCCGUAAAUUUGAUCGACUCUCUGAAAACCACAUAGCCUACUACACCGAUCUCUCAGAGCCGGCAUCAGAAGUCAUCAUCGACGAGCAGCUCCAAUGCGGAGGCGACUCGUACCUACAGAUCGAAUCCCAAGGCACCUGUACCCUCCAAGUGAGAUUCGGGUUUACGAUCAUCGGCACACUACAGCCUCUUCACAUUGAUGAGGCGUAUGGGUUUGUUGAUCUCAAGCUGGAUUUGGAUGCCACGGUCAAUGUUACUGGAAACGCGGCGGUACACACCGAAUAUAAGACCAGGCCGGCUCAUAUCACCCCCAAUUCAGAUAUCGUGUUCUCCCACCCAGGCAUUGUGUCGUUCAAGCCGACGUUUGAUAUCCAGAUUGGCAUUAAAGGCGACAAUUCCUCAUUUGCUGGCGCUUUCAACACCCAUUUUCGCACCCAGACGGACCCAUCAGUGAACCAUGGGUGGAUGCGAUUGACAUUCCCAAACAGUGCUGGCGGUACACGCGGUAGUCUGAAAGGCUCCCAUAUCACGAAUAACUUCCAAGGACACAUGCAUACCGAUAAUGGGAACGUCGAGGUUACCCUAAACCCAAAGUUCGAAAUGGGGAUCGAACUCAACCAAGAAAGCUCCACGGCGAUUGCUCAGCGCGAACGAGGUGACAUUCAAGCCCGAGGGAGUAGCAAUCCCCUCGUUGGCUAUCUACUGAACGUCUAUUCGCCCAACAAAGUUAUCUGGGGUCAGAGUGGCGUCGACCUUCACUUGGAUUCAUUAUAUUACUCUCUGACAAAUUUUGGAGAUGGUACUAUUGAACCCUGGAAUAGCAUGGUCAAGCCAGGAGUUGCUGUGGGCAAACAACCAGGAGGGGUCCACCUGCAUGAUCAGGAUGAGAACAUCGGUGGUAUACCGGUCUACAGGGACCGUCUAAGGCCAUGGACCAUGUUCAAGUCCGACAUCCUCAGCUGCCCUCGUAACGAGGACGAUGACGAGCCCCUGUGUAAAGCUGUUGAUCUGUGCGAAACUGGGCUUAUCGACGAUUGCGACAUCGACCCGCCUGGUUCCCACCGUGGGCGGGCUCCUGAUCAUCAGAAGCGUGUUCCACUGUUUUUCACCGGGGGGGUUCGGCCUCCAUAUAUGUCGAGAUGCCUGGCUGAAGAUACCGGUAGAAUGCGCGGAUGGCAAUAUAAGAAUCUUGAGUACCCAACACAAUCCGACUGGAGUACAGAUGAUUACAACUAUGACAACUCACUCGAUGCCACCGACUUCUCUGAUUGCACAGCUAUAACUGUGAAAGGGCACAUAGUUCCUAAUAACCGGGAAUACGUCACUGAGCACAUCAUGGAGCUCCAGACAUUGAAGCUAUUCUUCAAUGAUGUGGCUGGCAAUAUAUUACCCGACGGAAUGAGCUCGAUCUACCCUCAGAUCUACUGCGAAUUUGUAAAAAGCUUGACCGAACACUCGUUGAAAAACCCGCCGACCACGCCAGGAAGUACAACCAACAGCGAUGUCCCCACAGUUCGCCUGAUGCAACUCCAUGGCUGGACUGAGAACUGGGGACAUUUUGCUCUUCUAGAGAAAACGAUCAAUAGGUAUAAGGAACUGCUGUGGGAAGGGAAAAAUCCCAUCGAGCAACGAAAACGAGUGGAGCUGAACGGUGAUCGCACUCGAUGGGAGGAAGGACUCACCAAUAUCCGCACGACCUUCAACGUCUUUGCCUACCUCAACUUCCCCAACAUCCACGGCAACCUGACGAUAAUCUCAAAUAACAUCAAAAACGAGCUACAGCGCGCUGACAAAGACUGGGUCGCGGCUGGGAAGGGAAGAUCGCUCACGCGUAUCAAUGACUACUGGAGCAACUGGAUCAAUGGCCACUUGCAGCGUAUGCAGAACGACGGCAGGGUCUGGGUGACCCUGUGUAUCCAGGAAAUGCGGGCCACCUGGUCCGGGGCUGACCCCGGGGAUAAGACAGCGCAGUAUGUCCUGGCUGCAUUGCAGUACUUUGAUUCGCAACUGCCAUCGAUCACUGUGAAUUUGCAAGGUCUGAAUUAA